CCACCACCCCAGUUCAAUACAUAUACAUAGCGUCACUGCUGGUAUAUAAUUAUCCUCAUCUGCAGAAACCCCCGAAACUCAUUUGAACUGAGACAUAUACCGAAGACCUUGCGAAUCUUCUUAUUCUCAAACCCACCAUAAUCACUGAGACUCUCUGUUCUUCAAGGAGCUUCCGCGUCUUAAACACUCACUCGUUUUACCUACUAUUCUUCCGCUCGCUCGCUCACAUCAUUUCAAGUCUGCUCUUCUCUUCGCAUUGGCCUUCUUCACACAUGCACUUGACGACGACAGACGCUCGAUCAUAGGCGCCUUCCUACGACUCCUCACCUCGUCGGCUCCCUCCAGAUGUUUCGUAAUAGAGUAUCUUCCCAAAAGCCCGGCGACGAACUUUACGCCCACUUCAAGGCCAACUUCGGCAAUGUCGUAGGUGCCACAACCGCCGGGACGGCGUCUGGACCCUCGAGUCUCGAUGCCGUUGUCGAUCCUUCAAACCUUAUGGGAGAGUCACCAGGACGCACUCAAGCGGAGAUGAAAGACCUAGACCCAACACCGAGAGCACAGAACGAGCCAUGGCGCUUCACGCCCUCGCUCCUCGACCCGAACUCCUAUGCCUUCUCGGCAUUCGCGAACCAGAUGCCCGCAUACUAUACCCCCGGCGCUAACGGAAAUCCUCUAUACCACAGCCAGGCUGGCGACCUGCAUACACCCAGUAUGGGCAUUGGGAUGGGCGUGGGAACGCCAUUGUCAAUGCAAACGGGCGAGGGAGGUGUAGUACAUCCUGGACAGGUCUAUUUCCAACAACCGUACCAGCAGCAGCAGGCUUUGCCUCCGCAGAGUUUUCAGAACAAUUACACUGGAUACCCCCCUACCACCGGCCAAGAGCAGCAGCAGCAGCAGUCGUAUGCGCCGGCAGCAUUCAUGCACCACAAUACGGGCUACGAGACAAUGGACCAAGAUGGCUCGCCGAUGCAGGCCAACGGCAGACAGAUGGAGGUUACUACAAUGCAGCCGCCUAUGAUGACAUACCAGCCACGGCAAUUUGAGAUAAAUGCCGCUGCGCCGCUGCCAUCAUCAGCUGAGAAGUUCCGUUUUCAUGUGGUGCUCAAUGCGCCUACGGCUAUGAUUUCGAACACCGACGAGAUUCCUAUUACAUACCUGAACAAGGGCCAGGCGUACUCAGUGUCAAUCGUGGACACGCAACCAAUGCUUCCCGUGCCAGUGGGCACCCGCUACCGCACGUUUGUGCGCAUCUCGUUCGAGGACGAGCAGCAACGGCAGAGGCCCGCAUCUUGCUGGCAGCUGUGGAAAGAGGGACGUGGCACCAACGAGGCCCACCAGCGCGGAGGAAAGCUGCAAGCUGUUGAGUACGUCGAGGCGACUCAGCAAGCCGACUCUGACGACAAGCGUACGCGUGUCGAGCUGGAAUCGGCCUCGUUCGACGGGUUCUCUGUCGUCUGGACCCCCGGCGCAGCUGGACUGGCAGAAUGCACCCUGGCAGUUCGCUUCAACUUCCUCUCCACAGAUUUCAGCCACUCCAAAGGUGUCAAGGGAAUCCCCGUUCGCUGCUGCGCCAAGACUGAAGUUCUGGACCAGGGCUCGCCACAUGCCGUCCCCGGCUCCACUGAGGUGGCGUACUGCAAGGUCAAGCUGUUCCGCGACCACGGAGCGGAGCGCAAGCUAUCCAAUGACGUUCAGCAUGUGAAGAAGACGAUCGACAAACUCAAACAGCAAAUCACCCAGGCCGAGGCUGGGAUGAAGGACUUUGGGAAGCGCAAGCGCACUGGCUCAAUUUCAAAGGCCACUGCGAGCCAGCGAGCUGGGAAGGUGCCAAAGCACAAGCGCACCUGGUCCAUGUCCUCAGCUAGCUCGGCUGGCGGCCACAUCCCCGUCGAGGAAGAUCUUCAUUACAAGCUGCAGCAGCAGCAGGACAUGUUCACUAGCACCCGCCCAGUGAGUAUCCUCUAUCUGCGCGGCGCCGAACAAGACGACCCGGAUCUCCACCCCGUCGCCCUCCCCGGAGAGCAAUGGGACCUCACAAAGGUUGACUCGCGCGACACCGCCGCUUGGCAGCAACGCACCAGCGUCCGCAGCGCAUCCACCGCCGGCACAUCAUCGCUAGUGUCCCCAUCCCCCAGCUCGACCUCCCUGCACUCGCAAGCUAUGCUCGGUUCCUCCGCCAUCCCGGUAGCUGCGCAGUGGGGCGACUACCACGGCAUUCUCGGCGCGGACGUCUCAUCGAACCCACAGCACCUCGCCAGCCCCCCUGACCAGCUCACCAAGAUCCCCAAGACAGAUGAUGCGGGGAGUCUCAGCGGCUGGAUCGAGGCUCUUGGUGUCGACUCGUCGUACCGCCCACCAGCGGAGCCCGCAGGGAAGGCAGUCGCUUGCUUCUACGUCCAGUACCGUGAUGCGUCACCUACGACGAAGAAGCCAUACUAUCGCGCCGUGUACCUUCCCAAACGCACGCUGAGCGAUUUCCUCGCUGGAAUCGGAUCUAAAUGGGGCCUCGACCCUACUACCAUCCGGCGCUCACUGCGCGUCCUCCCUAGUGGCCUUGAGGUCGAGAUGGAUGACGAGGUGGUGCGCGAGAUGCGCGAGGGACAGGAUGUGGUGUUUGAGUUGAAGAACCUGGCAGCUGUCAAGCGCGAGUGGGAGAUGACAAUUGACGAUGAUGGUGCGGAGGGAGAGGAGACGGAGGCAGAGGGUUGCGAGAUCCGCUUGUUGUUCUAAGGAUGAUACCCAUGAUCAACGAAGGCUGGUGUUGAGUGCCUCUGUCUGCGGCUUGUUGGAGUUACUAGGCGUUCACAACCUCCGGCGACAAACUCUCAUCGAUUCACAACCUAUCACCCCACACACAUCUUCGCGCAUCACAAAAAGCCAGGAUUUAUGUAUACUACAUGCACGCGUAAUCAACGCGCAUAUUUGGAUUUCGCUCGCAUCGGUCAAAAAAAUUCCUACAAUUACCCCAUUUCAUGCACAUACACUUUUACCCUUACCGUCGAACACUCGACUCUACAGGCAACAAACAUACACGCUUAUUUCAUUUUUUUUUUGGUUUACUUUUAGGCGGCAACCAAACGGCAACAAUUUCGGGGGCAUAGAAACAACCGGCUGCAUGAAACGAACGAGCAACACGUAUUACGCCUUUCCUUUUUUACUUCGUUUUUCUAAGAGGCGACGACAAUAGGCAAAAAGGGGGCGGUUUUCUAGGGGCGGGGCAACAAGGAAGGAGGCGCGUUUGUGAUUUGUUUUAUUUGAUCAUUUCCUUUUAUGGAGUUGGGGAAGGACGGCAGGCAAAGGUUGGGGAGUGAGGACGGCUUAGGACGAUCGACUGUGGGUUUAGUUGCGACGGGUGAACCGAGAACCGGGGAGAUUGGAGAAGAAGCGGCAUACUAUCGAUGGAGCGGAGACUUCUAAUGGGAGUGGCUGAAGCUGAAUGCAUGGAUGCGGGUAGAUGAAAAUAAAUAACCUAAGCCGCUAGUUUUACAGCGAGUUGAAAUCGAGAAGAUUGGUGAUGCUUAUCAACCAUUCAUUACUGCG